ACAAAGACCUUUACUCGUAGCCGUUCUGUCGGUCGGCUACGCUUUUAUCUACAUAAUUUUUACCUAACUAUAAAGAUAUAUUUUGUUAUCCGGUUUAAAAUUUAUACAUAAAUGGUUUUAACUUAUUUAUUCAUGAUUUAAAGAGUCAAUGAAUAAUGAUUUUUUUAUUAAAUCAAUUAUAUCUUACAUAUUGUUUUAAUGUUACAGCUAAUUUAAAAAAAAAACAAUAAAAAUGCACGCGCGUGUGGCAGAUACUCAAAAGGCUCAAGCAAACCAAUGCUCCGAACAUGUGGUCAUCACCGGUAUUUCAGGUCGUUUGCCUGAGAGUCAAACCAUCGAAGAAUUCAAGCAACAACUAUUCGAUGGAGUGGAUCUGGUCACCGACGAUGAAAGGAGGUGGCAAUCCGGCCUCUAUGGUUUGCCAGCCCGUACCGGCAAAAUCAAGGAUAUCGCCCACUUCGACGCAGCCUUCUUCGGCGUUCACGCAAAACAGGCUCAUGUUAUGGACCCCCAAUUAAGAAUGCUUUUGGAAUUGACACACGAAGCUAUAAUUGAUGCUGGUAUCAACCCAAAUGAAGUAAGAGGAUCCAAGACCGGAGUGUUUAUUGGAGUUUCCGAUUCUGAAUCUUCCGAAUUUUGGACGCAAGACCCAGAACAAAUCAACGGCUACAGUCUUACCGGUUGUUGUCGUGCCAUGUUCGCUAACAGAAUCUCUUACACUUUCGAUUUCAAUGGUCCAAGUUAUGCCAUUAGUUCGGGCUGCUCCAGCAGUCUUUUAGCUUUCCAACAAGCUGUAAAUGCCAUCAAAACCGGACAAUGUGAUUCUGCUAUUGUUGGAGGUGUAAAUCUUCUUUUAAAACCCACCUCUUCCCUUCAAUUCCACCGUUUAAGUAUGUUAAGUGCCCAAGGCAUGUGCAAAGCAUUUGAUGCCUCCGCAAACGGUUACGUAAGAUCUGAAGCCGCUGUAGUAGUCUACCUACAAAAAACUUCCUCCGCCAGACGUGUGUACGCCACUGUGUUGGGUGCCAAGGUCAAUACUGAUGGUUAUAAAGAACAAGGUAUCACCUUCCCAGAUGGAGGUAUGCACAACAAACUAUACAGGGAAGUUUAUGCCGAAAGCGGAGUAAACCCACAUGACGUUUGCUACGUCGAAGCUCACGGAACCGGUACUAAAGUGGGAGAUUCAGAAGAAGUCAACUCCAUUGCCGAUUUUUUCUGUAAUAAUCGCAAAGAACCACUUCUAAUUGGUUCCGUCAAAAGUAACAUGGGUCACUCCGAACCCGCUUCCGGUCUCUGCUCUUUAGCUAAAAUUGUUAUCGCUAUGGAAUCUGGCCAAAUUCCCGGAAAUCUUCAUUUUAAGUCUCCCAACAAAGACAUUCCAGCAUUAAACGACGGAAGAUUAAAAGUUGUCUCCCAAAACAAAGAAUGGAAGGGAGGAAUCGUUGGAGUUAACAAUUUCGGUUUUGGUGGAGCCAAAGCUCACAUAAUCUUGAAAUCCAACCCUAAACCAAAAACAACCGGGAUUCCAUCUAUAUUACCAAGAGUUGUAAGCGUUUCUGGCCGUACCCAAGAAGCCGUCGACAACUUUUUAACUAAAGUCGAAGAAAACAAAAACGACGAAGAACUAUUAGCUUUGAUCGAUGCAAUUCACAGCAAAAAUAUUAACGGUCACAUAUACCGUGGUUACAUCAUCUUAAACGAACAGCCAACCAGAGAAGUUGUCGAAACUGCCCCUAAAAGAGCAGUAUGGUACAUUUUUUCUGGAAUGGGCUCUCAAUGGCCUGGUAUGGCUAAAGCCUUAAUGAAAGUCGAAACAUUUAGAGAAUCCAUUAAAAAAAGCGCUGCCGCUCUUAAACCUCACGGAGUCAACCUGGAAGACAUUAUCAUGAACGAAAACGAAGCUACCUUCGACAAUGUAUUAAGCUCCUUCAUCUCAAUCACCGCAAUUCAAGUGGCCCUCACUGACGUAUUAAGAGCCCUUGGAGUUGACCCCGGUGGUAUUGUAGGCCACUCCAUAGGAGAAGUCGGUUGUGCCUAUGCGGAUGGCACUUUGACCAGAGAACAAGCCGUUUUAACCGCUUACUUUAAUAGUCGCGUCAUCUUGGAGAGCAAACUUGCUCCAGGCGCUAUGGCUACCGUUGGUCUAUCAUGGGAAGAAUCCAAAAAGAGGUGCCCACCAGAAAUUGUUCCUGCUUGUCACAAUAGCAAAGACAGCGUCACCAUAUCUGGACCUGCUGCUGCUAUUGAAAAAUUCGUAGCCGAACUUACAAUCGAAAACAUCUUUGCCAAGGUGGUCAGGACCUGUGGUAUCGCUUUUCACUCCAAAUACAUUGCAGAAGCUGGUACCAAACUUAGAAAAGCUUUAGAUGAAAUCAUUCCAAACCCAAAACCACGUACUUUUAGGUGGAUAUCCUCGUCAAUUCCAGAAUCUGCAUGGGGCACUCCAUUGGCUCAACAAAGCUCUGCCGCUUACCACGUAAACAACUUGUUGUCACCCGUGUUGUUUUACGAAGCCCUUCAACAUGUACCAGAAAAUGCUAUUGCUAUUGAAAUUGCCCCAACAGGUAUUUUGCAAGCUAUCCUAAAGGGGGCUUUAGGACCAAGAGCCACCAACAUUAGUUUGAUUAAAAGAGGACAUGAGGACAAUGUACAUUUUUUUCUUUCAGCCCUUGGAAAAUUCUAUAAUGCCGGUGGACAACCAAAAUUGGGUUACAUGUAUAACCCUGUUAAUUUCCCAGUUGGAAAAGGCACUCCUAUGCUGGCUUCUAUAAUCAAAUGGGAUCACUCCACCAAAUGGUCUGUUGCAAAUUUCUCUGGCACGGGUAUUAAAUAUGGUGAAUUUGUUGUUGACAUCGAUUUGAGCAAGGAAGCUGAUCAAUAUCUUUCUGGACACAAUAUUGACGGACGUGUUCUUUUCCCUGCUACUGGAUAUUUGGUUUUGGUGUGGAAAACGUUUGCCAAAUUGCGCAACGAAGACUUUGAACAAUUGCCGGUAAUUCUUGAAAAUGUGCAAUUCCACCGUGCAACCAUUUUGUCAAAAAAAGGUUCGGUUAAAUUUCUUAUCAACAUUUUUGAAGGCACCGGAGAAUUCGAACUUUGCGAAGGUGGUUUAGUGACUGUUUCUGGUAAAAUAUCUGCCCCAGAAGAUGUAACCAAAGAAGUCCUUAACAUGCCUAAACCAACUGUACCAACUGAGAAGGAUGUGUUGGCUUUAGACAAAGCUGACAUCUACAAGGAAUUGCGUCUCCGUGGUUACGAUUACGAAGGCAUCUUUAAAGGUAUAACCGAAUCCGAUAACAGAGGUUUGGCUGGUAAACUAAAAUGGGAAAAGAACUGGGUUAGUUACAUCGAUACCAUGCUCCAAUUCUCCAUCUUGGAACAAAACUCCCGUGAUCUUUACCUCCCAACUAGACUCCAAAGGUCUUUUAUUAACCCCAAGGAACAUCUUAAAUACAUGCAAGAAUCUGCUGAAGGAACUCCAGUUUACAUGUACCCUGACAUUGGAGUAAUCAAAUCUGGUGGCAUUGAACUUAGAGGCUUGAAAGCCAGUUUGGCACCUCGCAGACACCAAAAUCAAAAUGCACCAAAAUUGGAAACUUACAAAUUCACGCCUUUCAACCAAGCCGUUAUGGAUGAUUCCGGUAAAGCCAACGUGAAUAUUUUGACCGUACUCUUGCAAAUCGUUUUGGAAAACAGCUCUGGUGCUUUUAAACUUAAAGUUGCCGAAUUCAUCACCGACAAACCUGUUAAGGCUGCUUUAGCUCCAAUGGUCACUAAUAUUUUGGAAAAAGAACCUAUGCUCUUCUCUGUAGAAGCAAUUGUUGUAAGUUCAGCCCCUGUUGAUAUGACCAUCUUGGAAUCUAUGAGAGUCAAGAACGUAGUACAUGAUGUAACCAAAAACCCUGUUGAGAAAAACUGCCACUUGGUUAUCUUGUCCGGCGCUUUAACAUACAAGAAAGAAAACGUUAUUACUAACGCUGUCAAAUCUCUUACUGCCGGAGGUUUUAUCCUUUUGGAAGAAACUGAAGGCGUCGUUGAUGAAAAAUUCGUUGCAGCUUACGCUUUGGUAGUCAUUAGCAAACAAGUAACUGCCACCAAAACUUACAUUCUUUUGCGUAAGCCUAUUGAAGUACAAUCCGAUGCUAUCGUCAUUCAAAUAACUGAAAACAACUUCUCCUGGGUCGAACCUUUGAAGGCUGCCCUUAAACAAUGCGGAACCUACGAAACCAAGAUAAUUAUAUACGUACAAGACGAAAAACUUACCGGUCUUGUCGGUAUGGUCAACUGCUUAAUAAAAGAACCUGGUGGCAAAAACUUGAGAUCCUUCUUCAUACAAGACAGCGACGCACCAAAAUUCUCACUUAAAGCUUACGCCGAUGUUCUUGAAAAAGAUUUGAUACAAAAUGUUCUUAAAAAUAACGUAUGGGGUUCCUACCGCCACACUAUUUUGGACAAUGCUACUGACAAAGAAAUCCUACAAGUCGAACAUGCCUACAUUAACACCCUUACUCGUGGUGACUUAGCCAGUCUUAAAUGGAUUGAAACACCUUUAAGAUACUUCAGAGGUGCCAAAUAUAAUGAACUUUGUCAAGUACACUAUGCUUCCCUUAACUUCCGUGAUAUAAUGUUGGCCACCGGAAAACUGCCACCAGAUGCCUUACCUGGAGAUCUUGCUGGACAAGAUUGUGUCCUAGGUUUGGAAUUCUCUGGUCGUGACACCAAUGGUAGGAGAGUAAUGGGUAUUGUCGAAACCAGAAGUUUGGCCACCACCGUCUUGGCUGAUUCGGGGUUUUUGUGGGAAGUACCAGAAAAAUGGAGCUUGGAAGAAGCCGCUACCAUCCCCGUAGUAUACGCAACCAGUUACUACGCUUUGAUCGUCAGAGGUAGAAUGAAGCCUGGCGAAACUGUAUUGAUUCACGCCGGUACUGGGGGUGUAGGUCAAGCUUCCAUUAAUAUAGCCUUUAACAUGGGUUGCAAAGUAUUCACCACCUGUAGUAGCCAAGCCAAGAGAGAUUUUCUUAAGAAAACUUUCCCACAACUUACCGACAACAACAUUGGCAAUUCCCGUGACACCAGUUUCGAACAACUCAUCCUUUCCCAAACUAACGGCCGUGGUGUUGAUUUAGUAUUGAACUCUUUGGCCGCCCAUCAACUGCAAGCUUCCGUACGGUGUUUGGCCAUUGGAGGUCGUUUCUUAGAAAUUGGUAAAGUUGACUUGUCUCAGAACUCCCCCUUGGAAAUGGGCGUAUUUUUGAAGAACACUUCUUUCCACGGUAUUCUUCUUGAUGCCCUUUUUUACAGUGACACCCCCGAAAAGAUGGAAGUAAUAAAAUUGGUUACUGAAGGUUUUGCUAGCGGAGCCGUACGUCCUUUGCCUAAGACCGUCUACAGCAAAAACCAAGUUGAACAAGCUUUCCGUUUUAUGGCUUCUGGCAAGCACAUUGGUAAGGUCCUCUUGAAAAUCAGAGAUGAAGAAAGCUAUCAAGCCAUGGUUCCUAAGAUAAAGACCGUACCGGCUAUUCCACGCACAUACAUGAACCCAGAAAAGAGCUACAUUCUUGUAGGGGGUCUUGGUGGUUUCGGUUUGGAAUUGGCCAACUGGUUGGUCCUUAGAGGCGCCACCAAAAUUGUUCUUACCUCGAGAAGCGGCAUCAAAACAGGAUACCAAUCCCUUUGCAUCAGAAGAUGGCGCGAAAAUGGAAUCAAUGUGCUAGUAUCCACCGCUGACUCCACCACCGACAAAGGAGCAAAGAGAUUGAUGGAAGAAGCAAACAAACUUGGUCAAAUUGGCGGUAUCUUUAAUCUUGCUGUCGUACUUCGUGACGCUAUGAUGGAAAACCAAAGCGAAGCUGACUUCAAGACCGUAUGCAAACCCAAGGUUGAUGGCAGCAAACAAUUGGACGCUGCUUCCAGAGCCAUGGCUCCAUAUUUGGACUACUUCGUCAACUUUUCUUCGGUUUCUUGUGGUCGUGGUAACGCCGGUCAAGCUAACUAUGGUUUGGCCAACUCCGCCAUGGAAAGAAUAGUUGAAGCUCGACAAGACGCAGGAUUGCCUGGUAUGGCCAUCCAAUGGGGUGCUAUUGGUGAUGUGGGUCUUAUUUUGGAAACUAUGGGAGGAAACAACACUGAAGUCGCAGGAACGUUACCACAAAGAAUGUCAUCUUGCUUGAACACCAUCGAUGUGCUCCUGCAACAACCCCACGCUGUAGUUUCGAGUAUGGUUCUUGCUGAGAAAUGCAAGACCGGAGGUUACGUCAAACAAGUCAGCCUUACUGAUGUCGUUGCCAAUAUCUUGGGUCUUAAGGAUAUACCAAAUGUAUCCGCUAAUGCCAGUUUGGCCGAUUUGGGUAUGGACUCUCUUAUGCUUUCGGAAAUCAAACAAACUUUAGAGCGUAACUAUGAUUUGGUAUUGAAUGCUCGAGAAAUCAGAGCUCUCACUUUCGGUCGCUUAAAUAAACCCAAUUUUGGAGCAGGCCAAGUACAAUACGACAAGUCCGUCGAAAUUAUGCCAAGCAAAAUUAUAGUACCAAUGAAAAGCAAGAUCACCGAUGCCGAGAAAACUCCAGUUUUCAUUUUGCAUCCAAUAGAAGGAAAUGUAAGCGCUUUAACAACUUUGGCUAAGAACAUCGAUGCCCCAGUCUACGGUAUUCAAUGUACAAGUAAUGCACCACUCAAAACCAUUGCCGAAUUGGCUCAAUUCUACACCAAACACAUCAAAACCGUUCAACCUAAAGGCCCAUACUACCUAAUUGGUUACUCAUUUGGUGCAUGUGUCGCCUUUGAAAUGGGUGUCUUCUUGGAAGCCAACCAAGAAAAAGUAAAACUUUUGCUUAUUGACGGUUCCACAAUAUACGCUUCAACUCUAAUAAAUAAGAUAAUCCAAAACGCCAGACAAAAUAUACAAAGGAACACAGUCGCUAAAGUCGAUGAAGUUUACCAAAGCGUAGCUUUGGUGAAAUUCAUCCUUCAAUUCAAAGAUAUAAAUCAACAAAAGACUAUAUCUGAUCUGAUGGCCCUCAAGACUUUGGAUGAAAGAUUAGAAAUGACCACGCAAAUUCUUGAUGGCGCUACACCAUUUCCAGCUGACCAACUUUCUGCUGCCGCUUCCAGCUUUUAUUUAAAACUCGUUGCCGCUGAAAAAUACAAACCAACCGCAUCUUUUAAUGGACAAGUGACUCUUGUAAAAGCCAGCGAUAACCACGUUCAACUUGGUGAAGAUUAUGGACUCUCGAGCGUGUGCAAACAAAAAGUGGCCGUUGAAACCCUCCAAGGAAACCAUCGCAGCAUCUUACUGGAAGGAGUUGUCGAGAAGAUAGCGGAAAUUUUACACAACUUAAUCUCUACUCAUCUGUGUUAAGUCAUCUUAUAAUCUUAGGUGUUGCGGCGAUUAGCAGCCACAGCGUUUUUCCCGGUUUAUUUAGGUCGAAAGCGUGCACUGAAUUCAGGGCCGGAUUAAGCCAGAAGGGGGUCUGGGGCUAAAAAAUGUAGGGGGCCAUCAAAGUUCUUUAUUAAAAGAAAAAUGUAAUUUUUAAUAAUAAAAAGCCAACAAAAAAC